AUGUCGCAGUCUAUGGACGACACGGCAAGAGGGGCGCCGGUGGCCCGCGCCAGAAGAAGGUCCCCGCGGACAUCGAGUUUGAGUUCAUCCCCUACAAGCGACAGGGCAAGAAAAUGGCCCCUUGGAGAUUUACUUGGACGUGAGAGAGCAGCCCUCAAAAAGAACCCCGAGCUGCCAAGGCUCAAACUUCGUUUAGACCGCACUGUUCGAGUUGCAUCCUUUGAGGACAAGAAGAAAGGGCGCUGA